CUAGUCCGGGAAGUACGCACUUCCCGGACUAGGCCGGGAAGAAUCACAUCGUUGUUGUCAUUGUGAAUAUGAAAAUCUUGGAAGGUAUGAUUUUGAUAAAUGCAGUUGAACAUUACCAUAGCAACGAAAUAACGACUGACAGCUAUCUGAAGUGAAAUUAGUUGACAUUUUAAUUUUCGAAAGUUUGCAUGGUUUUUGGUCGCAAUUGUCGCAAUAAACUAUGGAAAGCAACAGCGAUAGUGAGUUUGAAAAUGUGCCUUACGAAAUUUCCAAUGCAGCAGCUGCUGCUACAGCACAAUUAUUGCCUGAAAAAUCAAAGUCCAGGUACGAAAACGUUUAUGAUUUGUUCACGAGAUGGAUGGAUAUGAAGAAAUGCAAAACUAUUACAGAGGAUGUAAUUUUAGCUUACUUGGCGCAAAAAUCUGAAACUGUCAAAUCCUCUACCCUGUGGAGCAUGUACUCUAUGUUGAAAAGUACCAUUUUAGUGAAGAAAAAUGUAAACAUAGCCACUUUCCCAAAGGUAAUCGCAUUUCUUAAAAGGAAGAAUGUUGGUUAUAAAGCAAAGAAAUCAGAAGUCUUCAGCAGCGAGCAAAUCAACAAAUUCAUUAGAGAAGCAGAUAAUGAAACAUAUCUAAUGCUAAAGGUAGCAACAAUUAUUGGGUUAGCCGGUGCGUGUAGACGGNUCUGUUGUGGAUAA